AUGGAUCGAUCGUACUGCGUCUCUUCUUCGAAAGGAACUUGGUACAAAAUUAUUCUGGUGAUUGAUAAUGCCACAUGGCAUAGUCGACUCACAAAUGACACAACACCACUAAAACGAUCAUGGCGCAAAGAAACUAUUAUACGAUGGCUCAAAAGCCAUAACAUUGUUGUUCCUGAAAAAGCUGUCAAAGCUGAAUUGCUCGAGAUUGCUUUAGACAACCUGCCCCAAAAAAAAUAUGAAAUCGAUGAAGCAGCUAAAAAAUACAAUGUUGGUAUUUUGCGGUAA